CGGUGCGGGCGAUGACGUGUAGGCCCGCGCCGGCUCAGCGCCUUCACUCCUUGCCGGGUCUGUGCGUCUGUCCCCUCGGAGGGGCAGCCCUCGCGUGUGGUUCCCGGUGACUGGGAGUGACCUCAGAAGGGCCCGCGUGGGGCGCGGAGGAGAGGGGACGCGCAGCUGCCCACCGGCAUCCUCGUCCCGGCCCUCCGCUCCCCACCAGACGUGGGAAGUAGAGAUAAAACCGAAAGGGAGGGAGGCGCGGAGGCAGGAGCGGGCGGAGUGAUGGGAACCGCGUGAGCGCGGCCAAGAGUUUCAGGUUUCUCAUUGCAGGGAUCACUGAUUGAGAAAUAGAUGGCUUUGCCUCGCCUCACAGGAGCCUUGCGCUCCUUUUCAAAUGUUACCAAGCAAGAUAAUUAUAGUGAAGAAGUGGCUGACUUAAAGCUAAAGCGAUCCAAACUUCAUGAACAAGUUUUAGAUUUGGGACCGACAUGGAAGAAUAUAGUAACAUUUUUGAAUGAAAACCUGGAGAAGAGUGAAAUGCAAAGUAUAAAUGAAGACUUAAAAGACAUAUUACAAGCUGCAAAACAAAUAGUUGGAACAGAUAAUGGGAGAGAAGCAAUUGAAAGUGGGGCUGCAUUUCUGUUUAUGACAUUUCACUUGACGGAUUCUGUUGGUCACAUGGAGACAAAGGCUAUCAAACAGAUGUUUGGUCCCUUUCCAUCAUCAUCUGCUACUACAGCUUGUAAUGCCACUAAUCGAAUCAUUUCUCAUUUUAAUCAAGAUGAUCUUACUGCUCUUGUCCAGAAGACAGAAAAGGAAUCUAGUGAUACAGUAUUUUUUGGUAAAAAUUUAGCAUUUUCAUUUGACAUGCAUGAUCUGGACCACUUUGAUGAACUGCCAAUAAAUGGUGAAGCCCAGAAAACUAUAAGCCUAGAUUACAGAAAGUUUCUGAAUGAACAUUUUCAGGAGCAUUCCACCCCAGAGCUCAAGCCUGUGGAAAAAACAAAUGGCUCCUUUUUGUGGUGUGAAGUUGAAAAGUACUUAAAUGCAACUUUGAAGGAAAUGACUGAAGCACCAAGAAUAGAAGAUCUUUGCUGUACUUUGUAUGACAUGCUUGCUUCUGUUAAGAGUGGUGACGAACUUCAGGAUGAGUUAUUUGAAUUGCUUGGACCUGAAGGACUUGAUCUUAUUGAGAAACUUCUCCAGAACAGAAUUACAAUUGUGGAUCGAUUUCUUAAUUCUUCAAAUGAUCAUAAGAUUCAAGCUCUUCAAGACAAUUGCAAAAAAGUUCUAGGAGAGAAUACCAAACCUAAUUAUGGUUGUCAAGUCACUAUUCAGUCCGAACAAGAAAAGCAGUUAAUGAAACAAUAUCGACGUGAAGAAAAACGAAUUGCCAGACGAGAAAAAAAGACUGGAGAAGAUGGAGAAGUUUCUGGAGAAGGACUUAUGGGCUUUGAUCCUAAGGAAUUGCGAAUACACAGAGAGCAGGCACUUCUGAAUGCUAGAAGUGUUCCAAUUCUCAGCAGGCAGAGAGACAUGGACAUUGAAAAAAUUCAUUAUCCCCAUGUUUAUGAUUCCCAGGCUGAAGCCAGGAAAACAUCAGCAUUCAUUGCUGGUGCAAAGAUGAUUUUACCAGAAGGAAUCCAAAGAGAGAAUAACAAGCUUUAUGAAGAAGUAAGGAUUCCCUAUAGUGAACCAAUGCCAAUUGGCUUAGAGGAGAAGCCAGUUUAUAUCCAAGACUUAGAUGAGAUUGGACAGUUGGCUUUUAAAGGAAUGAGGAGACUUAACAGAAUUCAGUCAAUAGUAUUUGAGACGGCCUACAACACCAAUGAGAACAUGUUGAUUUGUGCCCCUACUGGAGCUGGAAAGACCAAUAUUGCAAUGCUUACAGUCUUACAUGAAAUUCGCCAACAUUUUCAACAAGGUGUUAUCAAAAAGAAUGAAUUUAAGAUUGUAUAUGUUGCUCCAAUGAAAGCCUUGGCAGCUGAAAUGACAAAUUACUUCAGUAAACGUCUAGAGCCACUGGGUAUCAUUGUGAAAGAAUUGACUGGUGAUAUGCAGUUGUCAAAAAAUGAAAUUUUACGAACUCAGAUGCUUGUUACCACACCAGAAAAAUGGGAUGUAGUGACAAGAAAGAGUGUUGGGGAUGUUGCUCUUUCCCAAAUUGUAAAACUCCUUAUUCUUGAUGAAGUUCAUUUGCUGCAUGAAGAUAGAGGACCAGUAUUAGAAAGCAUAGUUGCACGUACUUUACGGCAGGUUGAAUCCACACAGAGUAUGAUAAGGAUACUUGGACUGUCUGCAACCUUACCCAACUACCUUGAUGUUGCUACAUUUUUACAUGUUAAUCCCUACAUUGGACUUUUCUACUUUGAUGGCCGUUUUCGUCCAGUACCUCUUGGACAGACGUUUUUGGGGAUUAAAAGUGCAAAUAAGAUGCAGCAGUUGAAUAACAUGGAUGAAGUAUGCUAUGAAAGUGUUUUGAAGCAAGUAAAAGCUGGACACCAGGUGAUGGUGUUUGUACAUGCUCGAAAUGCCACUGUAAGAACAGCUAUGUCUCUUAUAGAAAGAGCAAAAAAUUGUGGCCAGAUAUCCUGCUUUUUACCUACCCAAGGACCUGAAUAUGGACAUGCAGAAAAACAGGUGCAAAAGUCAAGAAAUAAGCAAGUACGAGAGUUAUUCCCAGAUGGUUUUAGUAUUCAUCAUGCAGGAAUGCUUCGGCAGGACAGAAAUUUAGUUGAAAACUUGUUUUCCAAUGGUCAUAUCAAAGUCCUAGUCUGUACAGCUACGUUAGCCUGGGGUGUCAAUCUCCCUGCUCACGCUGUUAUUAUUAAGGGAACACAAAUAUAUGCUGCAAAAAGAGGCUCCUUUGUUGACCUUGGAAUUUUAGAUGUCAUGCAGAUAUUUGGCCGAGCUGGACGACCACAAUUUGACAAAUUUGGGGAAGGAGUCAUUAUAACAACACAUGAUAAACUCAGCCAUUACCUCACUCUCCUCACUCAACAAAACCCAAUUGAGAGUCAGUUUCUGGAAAGUCUUGCAGAUAACCUAAAUGCAGAGAUUGCUCUGGGAACAGUCACAAACGUGGAAGAAGCAGUAAAGUGGAUAAGUUACACUUACCUUUAUGUACGGAUGAGAGCAAAUCCAUUAGUGUAUGGCAUCAGUCACAAAGCUUAUCAGAUUGACCCAACAUUAAGAAAGCAUCGAGAACAGUUAGUCAUUGAAGUUGGACGAAAACUAGACAAAGCUCAGAUGAUUCGUUUUGAAGAGAGAACUGGUUAUUUUUCCUCAACGGAUUUGGGUAGAACUGCCAGCCACUAUUAUAUUAAAUACAAUACCAUUGAGACCUUUAAUGAACUCUUCGAUGCUCACAAAACAGAAGGUGACAUAUUUGCGAUAGUCUCCAAAGCCGAAGAAUUUGAUCAGAUCAAGGUCAGAGAAGAAGAAAUAGAGGAGUUAGAUGCUCUAUUAAACAAUUUUUGUGAACUCUCAGCUCCUGGAGGUGUAGAAAAUAGUUAUGGGAAAAUAAACAUCUUACUUCAAACUUACAUCAGCCGAGGAGAGAUGGAUAGUUUCUCCCUUAUAUCAGAUUCUGCAUAUGUUGCACAGGUAAGAAUCUUACUCCCCAUUUUCUCUUCUUUGUUUAUCUCUAGAGACCAAGGAAUUAAUUCUGUUAUCCUGACUGGGGGUGAAAUGUUACCACCACACAUUCUAACAAGAUUAGAAGAAAAAAAUCUUACUGUAGAUAAGCUGAAAGAUAUGAGGAAAGAUGAAAUAGGUCACAUUUUGCAUCAUGUGAAUAUUGGACUGAAGGUCAAACAAUGUGUUCAUCAGAUUCCUUCUGUUAUGAUGGAAGCAUCCAUUCAGCCUAUCACACGGACUGUCCUCCGAGUGACACUCAGCAUCUACCCUGAUUUUACAUGGAAUGAUCAGGUCCAUGGGACAGUAGGAGAACCCUGGUGGAUUUGGGUGGAAGAUCCUACAAAUGAUCAUAUUUAUCAUUCAGAGUAUUUUCUAGCUCUUAAAAAACAGGUCAUUAGUAAAGAAGCUCAACUACUGGUAUUUACAAUCCCUAUUUUUGAACCUUUGCCUUCCCAAUACUAUAUCCGAGCAGUUUCUGAUAGAUGGUUAGGAGCGGAGGCUGUUUGUAUUAUCAACUUCCAACAUCUGAUUCUACCAGAGAGGCAUCCGCCCCAUACAGAAUUACUGGAUCUUCAGCCUUUGCCAAUUACGGCUUUGGGAUGUAAAGCAUAUGAAGCCCUGUACAACUUCAGCCACUUUAACCCUGUGCAGACACAGAUAUUUCAUACACUGUAUCACACAGACUGUAAUGUCCUACUUGGAGCACCCACUGGAUCAGGAAAGACUGUUGCAGCUGAAUUAGCUAUUUUCAGAGUCUUCAACAAGUAUCCCUCCUCAAAGGCGGUUUAUAUUGCACCCCUAAAAGCCCUAGUUCGUGAAAGAAUGGAUGACUGGAAGGUUAGAAUAGAAGAAAAACUUGGUAAAAAAGUUAUUGAACUAACAGGGGAUGUGACUCCUGAUAUGAAAUCCAUUGCCCAGGCUGACCUUAUUGUCACUACACCAGAAAAGUGGGAUGGAGUCAGCAGAAGCUGGCAAAAUAGGAACUAUGUUCAGCAAGUUACUAUUCUCAUCAUAGAUGAAAUUCAUCUGCUUGGGGAAGAAAGAGGUCCUGUUCUAGAAGUCAUUGUAUCUCGAACAAAUUUUAUCUCCUCACACACAGAAAAGCCUGUUAGGAUAGUUGGACUGUCUACAGCAUUAGCUAAUGCCAGAGACCUUGCUGACUGGCUAAAUAUUAAGCAGAUGGGCUUGUUCAACUUCCGACCAUCAGUACGCCCUGUUCCACUGGAAGUUCACAUUCAAGGCUUCCCAGGUCAACAUUACUGUCCCCGCAUGGCAAGUAUGAACAAGCCUGCAUUUCAGGCAAUUAGAAGUCAUUCUCCAGCCAAACCUGUUUUGAUAUUUGUCUCAUCAAGACGUCAGACUAGACUUACUGCUUUGGAAUUGAUAGCCUUUCUGGCUACUGAAGAAGAUCCAAAGCAGUGGUUGAACAUGGAUGAAAGAGAAAUGGAAAACAUCAUUGGAACAGUACGAGAUUCCAACCUGAAGUUGACACUUGCUUUUGGAAUAGGAAUGCAUCAUGCUGGCCUCCAUGAAAGGGACCGAAAAACAGUAGAGGAACUAUUUGUGAACUGUAAAGUUCAGGUUCUUAUUGCUACAAGCACGUUAGCCUGGGGUGUAAACUUUCCAGCUCAUUUAGUAAUUAUUAAAGGAACAGAAUAUUAUGAUGGAAAAACAAGACGUUAUGUGGAUUUUCCCAUUACAGAUGUGCUCCAGAUGAUGGGAAGGGCUGGGCGCCCUCAGUUUGAUGACCAAGGCAAAGCUGUAAUUCUGGUUCAUGAUAUUAAAAAAGACUUUUACAAAAAAUUUCUGUAUGAACCUUUCCCGGUAGAGUCAAGCUUAUUAGGAGUGCUAUCUGACCACUUAAAUGCAGAGAUCGCUGGUGGUACAAUAACAUCUAAGCAAGAUGCAAUGGACUAUAUCACCUGGACUUACUUUUUCCGACGUCUUAUCAUGAAUCCCAGCUACUACAAUUUAGGUGAUGUGAGCCAUGAUUCUGUAAACAAGUUUCUGUCCCAUCUGAUUGAAAAGUCCCUGGUUGAGUUGGAACUUUCCUACUGUAUUGAAAUUGGAGAGGAUAAUCGGAGCAUUGAGCCUCUCACAUACGGCCGAAUUGCCUCCUAUUACUAUUUGAAGCACCAAACCGUUAAAAUGUUCAAGGACCGUUUGAAACCUGAAUGCACUAUUGAAGAAUUGCUGUCAAUUCUGAGUGAUGCAGAAGAAUACACAGAUUUGCCAGUAAGACACAAUGAAGAUCAUAUGAACAGUGAAUUGGCAAAAUGUCUUCCUGUUGAAUUAAAUCCCCAUUCAUUUGACAGCCCUCACACCAAAGCCCAUCUCCUGCUUCAGGCACACCUCAGUCGAGCCAUGCUGCCCUGCCCAGAUUAUGACACUGACACCAAAACAGUCUUGGACCAAGCUCUCAGAGUAUGUCAGGCAAUGUUGGAUGUGGCUGCAAACCAAGGUUGGCUGGUGACUGCCCUGAAUAUCACCAACCUGGUUCAGAUGUUGAUCCAGGGUAGGUGGUUAAAAGAUUCUUCUCUUCUUACACUACCAAACAUAGAACAGCACCAUCUUCACCUUUUCAGGAAAUGGAAACCAGUUAUAAAGUGCUCACGUGCUAGGUGCCGAACCUCCAUUGAGUGCCUUCCUGAACUGAUUCAUGCCUGUGGAGGGAAAGACCAUAUAUUCAGCUCCAUGGUCGAGAAGGAGCUACUGGCCACCAAAACAAAGCAGGCAUGGAAUUUUUUAUCUCGUUUGCCAGUGAUAGAUGUUGGCAUAAGUGUUAAAGGCUCAUGGGAUGACUUAGCUGAAGGACACAAUGAACUCUCUGUCUCAACUCUGACUGCAGACAAACGAGAUGACAACAAAUGGAUCAAAUUGCAUGCUGAUCAGGAGUAUGUGCUCCAAGUCAGCUUGCAGAGAGUCCACUUUGGGUUCCACAAGGGAAAGCAAGAGAGCUCUGCAGUUACCCCUCGAUUUCCCAAAUCAAAAGAUGAAGGAUGGUUCUUGAUAUUAGGAGAAGUGGACAAGAGAGAACUUAUUGCUUUAAAACGAGUAGGAUAUGUUCGAAAUCAUCACAUUGCUUCCCUUUCUUUUUUCACCCCUGAAAUACCCGGAAGGUAUAUCUUCACUCUCUAUCUCAUGAGUGACUGCUACCUUGGUCUGGACCAGCAGUAUGACAUUUACCUCAACGUCACACAAGCAAGCAUUUCCAUGCAGGUCAACACAGAGGUCUCUGAUGCCUUCACUGACCUGGCAAUAAAAUAACCUGACCCAAACAAUGCAUUUGAAAGAAUUUGUUAAGGAAUCUAGCUGUUCAGUCAUCUGGACAAAGUUGAAUUACUUGAUGUUUGCCUUGACAGAAUCAACUCCUACCUAACCUCAAGACAUCCAGGAAAUUAACAGUGGCUGCAGUAUUAACUCCAGCGACACCAAGUUAGCCACAGUGGCCUUUUAACAAAUGUUGCCUUUUAUAAUAUUGUCUUCUUUCUUUACAUGUAAAAUGAAUGAGCAUGUAGAAUAAUCUUAUAAUUUGUGUAUAUUUGAGGUUAUAUGAGUUAUCAAUCAAAUUUUACAUCUCAUAAUGUACUGUUUACAUGAAUACUGGUUUUUCCUUUUUUUAAGACAAACUACAUUGAGGUGUGACCAUGUUAGGAUUUUAACUUUGCAUCAUAAAAUGUAUAAAUCUAUGAGGUGAUAUAUACAGUGUGUCUUGUGAGCAAAAUUUAUACUUUGAUCUGAUCACAAUGAAAUGAUUUCAAGAAUUUCUUAUAAAUGUUAAUAAUAUAUGAUGUAAAAUUAUAUUACAGAGUCCAAUGACAAUUAAAAAAAGAGAAAAGAAUAUACUGAUCUUAGAAAAUGAAGAUAUAAUACUGGUGGAAAUAAAAUAUAUAGAGUGCCACUUCAA